AUGAAAUUAAAUAACCUUGAUUCUAACCCACAAACAGAACAACAAGAUCUAAAAAUUGAAGAUUAUAAAAAAUUGGGUGAGAAAUUGGGUAUCUCCAUUUGGAAUUCACGUAAAGCAUUUGAGCAGAAUUGUGAUAUUUUAGAAAAUCCCACCUGCUUGGAUGAGUAUUAUGAUGACCUUAUUGGUCCUAACAUCUGGAAUGUGGCAGUUAUAGAUAACAUUGAUUUUAAAGAUAUUACCUUUCAUCAUGGUAAUAUUUAUGAUGCAAACAGAGGCUCAUCACAUGCUGUUGUGAGGGGAAUCUUCCAAUUCCAUCUUCCAUUUCCUGUAAAUACACAUUUGCAAAAUUAUCAGCAAGCAACUUCUGAAUUAAAAUUAUUUGGAAAAUCUACUUUUACUGACCAGUGGGAAAAUACAAUUGAUACAAUUUUUCAAAAUCUUUUGCAAAUCCAUGGAAAUAAUUUUGAUUUUCAGGAUAUUCAUAAAGAAGUUGCUUCAAAAGUUGAAUUGGAUGAAGAAAUGGAAGUGGUUAGGGAAAAUUUACCUGAAGAAACAAUAGUUGUACCAGUCAAUGUGAUAAUACAGGAGGAUGCAGGAUCUUCUUCACAAAUAAAUAAGAGACGUAUAAAAACAAAUGAGGAACUUGAAAUCCUUAAAGAGGUAUUUGAUCACACUGAAGAUUUACCAAGAGAU